UGGCUCAUCCCUGUUCGUCGGUCAUUCCACGCGGAGAAAUUCGAUCGAGUUGCUCGGUAACGUCGACAGAAAUAGAAUCAAUCACGAUGACCACUAGACUGAUCGGUUUGUUAUUGUGCUCGUGUUCGUUGUUAAUUAAUGUACAAGCAAUCGGCAGGUACAGGGGUUUAGAGUUUUUGGAACCUUGCUCGAGGAGGGACCAAAAUGUGGAGAGCUGUUUAGCGAGGUCGGUCAAUGUCCUCACUGAACACUUCCGUCAUGGUUUACCUCAAUUGGGCUACCCUGAAGUGGAGCCCAUUAUUUUGGACGAGCUCCACAUAUCUGUCGGGGGUGGACCGGAAGGAUACAGAGCUCAAUUCAAAAAUAUCACUGCUAGAGGUGUAUCUUCCCUAAGAAUAACUGGACUGAGGACCAGGAUAUCAGAGGACGAAGUUCAAUUGCAAUUAGCACUAAGUAUACCGAAAAUCAGAGCUGCUGCAAAAUACAGAUCCAGUGGGACUCUGCUUUUGGUGAAAGCCAGUGGGGCUGGAGAUUAUUGGGGCGAAUAUGAGAGUGUUAAGGCGAAGGUAUUCAUCAGGGCAAGACCAUUCUCCUACCAAGGACGAGAUUAUUUAAGGUUGCAACAACUGAAAAUGGACUUCAGCGUGCAGAAUAUCAAAAUGGGCGUGGAAAAUAUCCGCGACAGCAACGCUAUAAUUAUCGCCGCACUGAAUCUGUUCAUUAACACAAACAGCCAGGAGUUGUUGAAAGAGAUGAAACCGGAUCUCCGAAGGAAAUUAGUCCAAGUAAUGUCGACCUUUGUUGAGAAGAUUUUUGCUCAAGUACCAUACGAUGCAUGGCUCACCGAUUAAAACGAAGAAAAUAAUGUUCACCGUGUCGCUGUUAAACCGUUGCCUUGAAAUCAAGGAUGAAAAAAUUUCAUUUCCGUGAAGAAGAAAAAUUCUUACUCAGAUAAUGAUUGAACGAAGGUUCGUUACGUGCAAAAAUUCAUUUAUCCAAUAAUUAAUUACUCGAAUGAGCACGUUUAAUUAUCAGUGACGUAGGAUAAUUUGAUAUAAUUUUGUUAAAUGUGUGAAAAUUUUCAUGUAAUUUACAGUAUGUAGUAUUAUUAUUAAUACGUCAAGUGUUCUUUUUCUUUAAUUUGUUAUUUUAGUGUUAUGGAUGUAAAGUGUCACGUUGAAUGUAUGCUUUAAAUUAUUGCACGUAUAUAUUGUUAAAUUAUACUAUUUAAUGUUUUUAAGAGUACUUAUGGAUAAUUGUAUCAUUAUGACUAAUUGAAGAGUGCAAAUGGAGGAAGUUAUAAUUGUUAUUGCUUAGAUUUUUAACUGUUUCAAAAAAGUAUCAUUUUGAAUGAUUAUAGCUUUUUUAUUUCCACUUUUCAAUUUAUAACUGUUGAAUAAUAGUUUAUA